AUGGAGAAUCUUCGUAAGCAACAUGAAGCCGAUCUCCAACAAAUGCGUGCUGAGCAUGCUGCUUUCAGAACUCAAUGGCAGCAACAUCAGCCACCAUACACACAUCAUGCCAGUCAUGUUUCCCCUGCCACCGAAGAACAUCAUUCUUCCCCAGAUCCUACUUAUCCAUCAAACCCAACUCGGACUCAUCGUUCCGAACAUACCCAUAUCAGUCGUCCGAUUGACAAUCACCACUCGGUUCAUCGACACCCAUUUGUUGAUGGAAUCAUGGAAGUUCCCCUUCCAACUGCUUGGAAGCCGUUGAAUAUUGAGCGAUAUGAUGGCACUACAGACCCCGAUGAGCACAUCGACGCCUAUAUCACUCAAAUCAACCUUUACACAAACAACGAUGCCAUCAUGUGCCGUGUAUUUCUGACUUCCCUCAAAGGCGCUGCUCUUAGUUGGUACACCCAACUGCCAUCCAGAUCGAUUGACAACUUCAACACCUUGGUACGACUUUUCUCCGCCCAGUAUGCCACUAGCAGACCACAUCAUAUCACAUCGGCCGCGCUCUCAAAUUUGCGACAACAAGAUGAUGAGUCUUUGAGACAUUUUAUGGAACAUUUUGCGAACGUUUCUAUAAAAAUCCGCAAUCUUAAUCCGGAGGUCGCCCUUCAUUCCAUGCUUAUGGCACUCAAACCUGGGCCAUUUGUUGACAGUCUUUGCCGACAUCAACCGGCAAGCAUGGAUGAACUCAGAGCACGUGCAGCUGGAUAUAUUCAAAUAGAGGAACACGUCGAGUUCCGUAAUUCUGUCCGCGACAGUUUCACCACUAAGGGCGAGUCUAGUACCAGGGAAAGCUCAAAGGCUCAUAUUGACCAGAGAUCAAAAAGACCUCGUCAAUCACGAGGUCCCAGGUAUGAAUUUUACACACCUCUUAAUGCUCCUCGUGUUAACAUUUUGGAGGAAGCUAACCAUGCAGAUUUGAUCUCUCUACCCCCACCGGCACACAAUCUGGUCAACGCUGAUAAGAGCAAGCAUUGCCGUUAUCAUAGAAAUUACAGACAUGCAACAGAAGAAUGUUGGAGCCUCAAAGAUCGAAUUGAAGAACUCAUUCAAGCUGGCCAACUUGGACAAUAUAUCCAACGCGGCAAAGCUUCUCGUGGGGGCUUCCGAGGACGUGGAAGAGGACGUGGCAAAUUUCCUGGCUGA